UCGCAGCGCGCUUCGCUUGGAGGCCCCAAAUUCAAAUCUCCGGCCUCCUCUGCUUCCUCCUCCUCGUCUUCCAACAGCCGCCUGCUCCGUUCCCCUCCUCCGCCGCCGCGCGCCACCUCCGGAAUCCCUAGACCUCCGAGGAGGAGGACCAGCCAGCCAAUCAGCGGUUGGCCAUGGCGGAGAACCCCGUCGCGGGGGGCGCCGACAGGGUGGCGGCGGCGGCGGCGGCGCAGGUCGAGGGGCGCGUCGCGCUCGGGGACCUCAGCAACGUCGUCGCCGGCGGCUACAGGCUUGGCGGACCAGAUUCGGUGCUUAAGGAAAAGGAAGUGGGUGAAGCUAGAAAGUUAAAAUCUUGCUACAAAAAUGUAGAGGGGUUAAAAGAAAAGCUAUUAAAGGAGCAGGGGCACAGGGAAAGAGCAGAGAUGGAACUACCAAAACUGAAGACAAUUGAAGCUAAAGCAGAUAAGCUAGAGCUUGAAUUUGGAUCAUGUGAAGUGCUUCUCAGCGACAAACCAGAUGUCCCUCCUUAUGGCUAUGUGCCUCAAAAGCAAGCAUUAACAAAUUUGAAUGAAGUCGGUGAAGCUACCCAUGCUAAGGAUGGUGCUGAAAGUGCUACUGGGGAGGUCAACUGGCUUGCACAUCCGCUUGCUGCAGUCAGCGAAGAAAGAGAUAAACAAAUGAAAGACCAAUCUAUGCUGACUAAACAAGAAACAAUAAAUGAUGAUGACACAUCGUUAAAGGAUAUGUUGUCAGGUCUACAUGGAAUGGACAAAAUAUUUAUAGCGCUGGAUAGAACUAUGGACGAACUGAGUAGUCGUCAGAAAGGUGAACGUGUUCUCGAUGAAAGAUUGAGCAUCGAAAGAAGCAAAGUGCAAUCUUUAGAGCAAGUGAUAGAUCAGCUACGUUCGCAGGUGGCCCUACUGCAGUCAAAGUUACAUCAUGGUGAUAACUCUUCCUCAAGCACGAAAGUACCGUAUGCAAUAGAUAGUCUUGUAGUGGAUACUGAAGCAAAGCCCAAUCUAAACGAAACAGAAGAUUUGUUGUGGGCAGUUGAAGAAUUAAAAGGACAAACUGGUGGUGCAAAGAAACAGCCUGUUUUCAUUGAAAUAUGUGAUGAUGAGGACACAUGCAUGUGGUGUGAUGAUGAUGGUGAGAAGCCUUCUCUCAUAUCAAAUGACUCUGGCAGUGGAGAACCAGGGAGUGAAUCGUGGCAAUUUACAGGGAAUUAUGAAUGGUUUUUCCGUGGAAAUAAACUAAUGCUCUCUUCUGGAAUGAAGAAACACCUGAGAGAGCUCUGUGGUUGUGUCCCGCCAGAGAUCCCAUUUUAUAUAUACCAAAUGAAUAAAUCGAACUUGAAGAGAAGGGGAAAGAUGCGGCUUUCUGCAAGGUACAUCUCUAAGCCAUUGCUUUCUUGCCUGGACAAAGGGGUGGGCUAUGCUCAUUUUGAAGUUGACGGGGAAGAUCGCGGUACUGUUAGAGUGCAGCUUAAUGCAGAUGGCCGUGCGAGUCUCACAUCAGGCUGGGAAAAUGUGGUUGAAGCUAAGGAUAUUAAAGUUGGUGACAUAUGCGCCCUUCACUUCAAGGUUUCAGAUGGUGUUCUUAAGCUGUCCGUCUAUGUUUUCCAUGCGGUACGCCACUUGGUUUGCGUGAGAUAACACUGCAAGCCAAGUUCUUUUGGCCGUGUAGCGGCAGUAACAUUGCUAGAAUUUUUUAGCAAUGCCCGCGGAAUGGAAGGGCAGGGAACAUUGCUAGGACUGUGUAACGCAUAAGCUGUGCUUCUCCAGUUAAAAUGUUGCGUUUAACUGGAUCAGCAUUAAGUACCAAAGUAGCAGUAAUCUCAUCUGCUUAGUGUUUAUCUGAGGUACAACUUUUUCCUGUAAAUGUAAUUUUAAUGGUGGGUACAUUUCA